GUUAUGCAGUUGGCUCUGCUGUGGGCUGUGUGUCUGCUGUCUGGACACCUGGCCCUGCCACUGCCCCCAGAGGCGGGAGGCAUGAGUGAGCUGCAGUGGGAACAGGCUCAGCACUAUCUCAAGAGAUUUUAUCUUCAUGACUCAAAAGAAAAGGAUGCCAACAGUUUAGAAUUCAAACUCAAGGAGAUGCAAAAGUUCUUUGGCCUGCCUGUAACUGGAAGGUUGAACGCCCACAUCAUAGAAAUAAUGCAGAAGCCCAGAUGUGGAGUGCCAGAUGUUGCAGAAUACUCACUAUUCCCAAAGAGGCAAAAAUGGACUUCCAGAAUAGUCACCUACAGGAUCCUAUCGUACACUUCAGACUUAAAACCUGCCGUAGUGGAUCAAAUAGUGGCAAAGGCUUUAAGCAUGUGGAGCAGGCACAUCCCACUUCGUUUCAAGAGAGUUAGAAUGGGAACUGCUGAUAUCAUGAUUGGCUUUGCAAGAGGAGCUCAUGGGGACUUCCUCCCCUUUGAUGGACCAGGAAACACUCUGGCUCAUGCCUUUGCACCUGGGCCAGGCCUAGGAGGAGAUGCUCACUUUGAUGAGGAUGAACUCUGGACUGAUGGCAGCGGUCUAGGAAUUAACUUCCUGUAUGCUGCGACUCAUGAACUUGGCCAUUCUUUGGGCUUGGGUCAUUCCUCUGAUCCUAGAGCUGUGAUGUAUCCAACCUAUAGAACUGAAGAUUCCCAAAGUUUCAGACUUGCACAGGAUGAUAUUGAAGGCAUUCAGAAGUUAUAUGGUAAUAUUUAUGGUUUCAAAUAA